CAGUGUGAUUUGGUGUACACCUUCUUUCAUCUCAUACUUCGAGAUAGCGACAUUGAUUCGUAUGUAGAUAACGAAGAUGUGCACCCCGACAUACAUCGGAAUCAGUGUGAGGUGUAUCUAAGAAUACAGUUCAACGACAGUAAGUCACACUCGCAGCUGAGUAUAUUUGUAGGUCAUGUGAAGCAUCUGGCGCUAUUAAGUACUGGUCAAGCUCCAGAUUCAUACAUGAAGGCUUAUAUUCGUCCGGAUCCACAAAAUCUGACGAAACGAAAAACGCAAAUAGUCAAAGCUAGUCAGAAUCCGACUUUCAAUAAAGAGCUCUAUUACGAUAUAAUGGAUGGAGAACAUAUGCUAUCCACUCGUGUGCUGGAAAUUUCCGUAUGGAAUUGUGGUGGACUGAUGGAUAAUAACAAAAUGUACACACUUUACAUUCCUCUGCAAAAACUGAAAAAUCAGCCUGUAGAUCGCAAAGGAAAUCGAGUUCUUGAGGGGUGGUUUGCUUUCGAUAAGAGCAUGUGA